UUUAAUGCGAGCACAACAACAAAACAUGAAGCUCUUCGGUCUGCUCUCCCUGCUUGUGGGAGCCCUGGCCAUUGGCCAAAUCAAUGCAGCGGGCAAUACCCAUCUGGUCUGCUACUAUGACGGCGGCAGCUUUGUACGCGAAGGCCUCUCCAAGUUGACUCUCAACGACCUCGAGCCCGCCCUACAGUUCUGCACGCAUUUGGUUUAUGGCUUUGCCGGCAUUAAUCCCACCUCCAACAAAUUGGUGAGCAACAAUGAGAAACUGGAUCUGGAUGUGGGCAGCGGUCUGUAUCGCACUGUGACCGGCCUGAAGAAGAAAUACCCAGCACUCAAGGUUCUCCUGAGUGUGGGCGGUGACAGGGAUCAGGUGGAUCCCGACAACAACAAAUACUUGACUCUGCUGGAGAGCAGCAAUGCUCGCAUUCCAUUUAUCAAUAGCGCUCACUCGCUGGUGAAGACCUACGGUUUCGAUGGUCUCGAUUUGGGCUGGCAAUUCCCCAAGAACAAGCCCAAGAAGGUGCACGGAGGCAUCGGCAAGUUCUGGAAGGGCUUCAAGAAAAUUUUCACUGGCGAUUUUGUGGUUGACGAGAAGGCCGAGGAGCACAAGGAGGAGUUUACGGCGUUGGUGCGCGAACUGAAGAACGCCUUCCGUCCCGAUGGCUACCUCUUGGGCCUCAGUGUGCUUCCCAAUGUUAACUCCUCGCUCUUCUACGAUGUACCAGCUUUGAUCAACAAUUUGGACUACGUUAACCUGCACGCCUACGAUUUCCAGACUCCCGAGCGUAAUCCCGAGGUGGCCGACUUCCCUGCCCCCAUUUACGAGCCGAACGAACGCCAUCCUGAGGCCAAUGUCAACUAUCAGGUUCAGUUUUGGCUGAACAAUCAUGCGCCCGCCUCCAAGCUGAAUGUUGCCAUUGCCACAUGGGGUCGUGCCUGGAAGAUGACCAAGGAUUCUGGUCUGACUGGUCUGCCACCCGUAGCCGAGACGGACGGCGCCGCACCUGCUGGCCUCCAAACACAAACUGCCGGUUUCCUCAGCUGGCCCGAGGUCUGCGCCAAGCUGCCCAAUCCGGCCAAUCAGCAUCUGAAGGGCGCCGACGGUCCCCUGCGUAAGGUUGGCGACCCAACCAAGCGUUUCGGCAGCUAUGCCUACCGCUCGGCCGACGAUAGUGGCGAGAACGGUGUGUGGGUGGCCUAUGAGGAUCCCGACACUGCCGCCAACAAGGCGACAUUUGUCAAGGCCAAGGGUCUGGGCGGUGUCGCGUUGGUCGACCUGAGCUUUGACGAUUUCCGCGGUGGCUGCACCGGCGGCGAAGAGUAUCCCAUCCUGCGUGCCAUCAAAUACAAGUUGUAGAUAGAUGGCUGAUGCAGAUGGUCACAACUGUUCGAAUCUAGGACAGCACUUUGAUUAUGACCCAAAGGUACACAAUUACGUUUUUUUGUUCAGCUAAUUUUAUAAAUAAACAUUAUGUAACAAAUGAAAAUGAAGAA